AUGGCUACAUCCCGAGUGGAAUACACCAUCGGAGGGGUGAAGAUCCACUUCCCCUGCAAGGCUUACCCAUCCCAGCUGGCCAUGAUGAAUUCAAUUGUACGCGGGCUGAACUAUGGGCAGCACUGUUUGCUGGAGAGUCCCACAGGAAGUGGAAAGAGCUUGGCCUUGCUCUGCUCUGCUCUGGGCUGGCAGCGGGCUCAGCUGGGUAAGCCUGCUAAACUACAAGAAGGAGGAGGCACAGGGGACGACAAGAGCCAGUCAGAUAAAUAUGCUGAAGACUGUAAUAAGUCAGACGUCACCUCCGUCUGUCAGUGUGUGUGCCACAACAAAGCCUGCAGGCCCUCAGCUACACCAGCUACACCAGCUACACCAGCUACACCAGCUACACCAGCUACAGCAGCAGCAGCAGCAGCAGUUGAUCCCGAUGUUGUGGACCUCACUGAGUCACCAUGUAAAGAGACGACACAGCUGCAGCCUCCAGCUCCUGGACAAACGCCGUUACAAGACGAGUCUCAGCCCAGGAAACAGUCAAUAGCCUCUCGUCUGUCUGAGAAGUUCCAGUCUGCUGCCAACAAAGACGACAACUUCCAGCCAGACAGGAAACGCAUCCGCACUGCGGAGCACAAGGGUCGGAAAAGGCAGCGUCUGGAGAAGGGAGUGAUUUUCAUCGAUGAUGAUCUGGAGCUGGAAAAUGAGCCUCCGGAUCAAAGUGUGUCGACAGAGACAAACAACCCUGCAGCUGGUUUGUUCUCAUCAUACAGUCCCCUGGAGCCCUGCUCCUGGUGCCCGUGUGCUUCAGCCAAAGAGAGCGUCAAGGACAAGGACAAGGACAAAGACAAAGACGGCAAAAAGAAGAUGCCUAAGAUCUUCUUCGGAACCCGCACUCAUAAACAGAUCACCCAGAUCGCCCACGAGCUGAAACGCACCGUGUACUCCAGCGUGCCGAUGACCAUCUUGUCAAGCAGAGAUCACACCUGCAUCAACCCGGAAGUGGCGCCUCAUUCCAACCGCAACGAACGCUGCAAGGACCUGCUGGAGGGCAAGGAUGGCAGGUCGUGCCGGUUUUACCAUGGGGUGCAGAGGAUGCGGGACCACCAAAGUCUCCGGGCCAGUGGACUGCGUGAAGCCUGGGACAUCGAGGACCUGGUGUCUCUGGGCAAACGGCUCCGCUCGUGCUCGUACUACGCUGCUCGUGAACUGAUGCAGAGCGCCGCCAUCAUCUUCUGCCCGUACAACUACCUGCUGGACCCGAUGAUCAGAGAGAGUAUGGAGAUCGACCUGGCGGGUCAGAUCCUGGUGCUGGACGAAGCCCACAACAUCGAGGACUGUGCGAGGGAGAGCGCCAGCUACACGUUAGACCGCAACAACCUGCUGACGUGCAAGGAUGAGCUGGACAGCAUGAUCAAGAACAAAAUCAGAGCUUCCAAACACGAACCGCUCAGAAACUUCUGCUACAGCCUGAUCAACUGGAUCCAGGAGAGCCAGGGCCUGCUGAGUGAGAGAGGAUACGAGACGGCGAGUAAAGUCUGGAAUGGGAAGGACAUCCUGGGAAUCUUUCACGAGCUGGGCAUCACUGCAGGCACCUUUAAUCUUCUGAAGCAAAACCUGGCGGCAGUGCUGGAGAAGGAGGAGCGUGUUGGUUUGGUUAAUGGUAAAGAGGACAUGGUGCAGGUCCCAGUCAUCAGCUCCGCUUCCUCCACUGUCCUCAAAAACCUCUUCAUGGUUCUGGAUUUCCUCUUCAGGGACAACUGCAGGUUUGCCGAGGACUACCGUGUAGCUCUGCAGAGGACCUACGCCUGGUCGAACCAGCUCCCACCUGAUGCCCCCGACGCUCAGGGCUUUUUGGUGCGGCCUCGAUACAGACAGCGCCAGAGCGCCCGAGUGAAGACUGAAGUCCUGACGCUCAGCUUCUGGUGCCUCAACCCGGCUGUGGCUUUCUCUGACCUGAGCGGGUCGGUGCACAGCAUCGUGCUCACAUCUGGAACCCUGUCACCCAUGGGCUCCUUCUCCUCUGAACUCGGGGUGAAGUUCUCCAUCCAGCUGGAGGCCAAUCACGUCAUCAACAAGUCCCAGGUUUGGGUGGGAACCAUUGGUGCAGGACCGCAAGGCAGAAAACUCUGCGCCACCUUCCAGCACACUGAAACCUACACCUUCCAGGACGAGGUGGGGGCCCUGCUGCUCCACAUCUGCCAGGUCGUGGCCAAAGGUGUGCUCUGCUUCUUGCCGUCCUACAAGAUGCUGGACAAGCUGCGGGAUCGAUGGAUCAACACUGGUCUGUGGGAGAAGCUGGAACAACAGAAGACCGUGAUCACAGAGCCCCGCGGUGGUGGCAAGGGGGAUUUUGACGAACUGCUUCAGACUUAUUACGACGCCAUCAAAUACUGCGAGGAAAGAGACGGUGCGCUGCUGAUUGCUGUGUGCAGGGGAAAAGUGAGUGAAGGACUAGACUUCACAGAUGACAACGCCAGGGCAGUGGUCACCAUUGGAAUUCCCUUCCCAAACAUCAAAGACCUCCAGGUGGAGCUGAAGAUGAAGUACAACGACCAGCACUGCAGGUCCAGAGGUCUCCUCCCGGGCAACCGCUGGUACGAGAUCCAGGCCUACAGAGCUCUGAACCAGGCGCUGGGGAGGUGUAUCCGCCACAGGAACGACUGGGGGGCUCUGAUUCUGGUGGACGACCGUUACAGGAACAACCCCAACAAGUACAUCACAGGUUUGUCUAAAUGGGUUCGCCAGCUCGUCCAGCAUCACGACACCUUCAACAACGCCAUGCAGUCCCUGGUGGCGUUCACUCAGGUGCAGCAGAAAGCGGCGGCGGCGGCGGCUGCAGAACGCCAGACUCCCGACUCCACGGCCUCCUCUCCGAACGGUGACCUGCCUGUAACGGCGGAGGGACGGGGUCCGGCCUCGCACCCUCAGACACCUCCUGUCAAAGCGCCUGAACCCCAGCAGCACACGAGCCCCUCCCCCACCCGACGCGUUUCUCAUCUGCACAUGAAAACUGAACAAAAUGGAAAAGCGGAUUGGUUGAAGAGCAGCUCGCCAGCAGAGUCGCCCUCGCAUCAGCAGAGACCGGCUCGGCCUCUCUACCACAUCUUCACCUCCACCCCCGUCAGCAGCUGCUUCAAGAAGGCCGUCUUCAGAGGAAAGACACCCGCUGAUGCAGGGAAGCACCUGGAAGAAGCUCCGACUCAGUCUGAGCGCCAGAAGAAGACGAACGCCGAGGCGCUCGCGUGUCUUCAAGACGGCGCCGCAGACACGUCCGGUGAAAUCAAAGCGGAGCCACGCGACACGCCGUCUACGGUAACGACCCCUCCCAUCUGCGAACAGGAAGAGAAACCAGACAAGGAGGAAGAGGAGGACCAGACUGUCUUUUAUACUCCAGAACUUUUCGAGGGCGAAGAAGACGAAGAAGAUGCAGGAGAGGAAGGUGGCAAAGGAAACGAUGGAGACGAAGGGGACGAAGGGGACGAAGGAGACGAAGGAGACGAAGGAGACGAAGGAGACGAAGGAGGCCCAGAGACAGAGACAAAGUCAGAGUCACCUCCCAGGGCAGUUUUGGGGGCAGAGAGCUCUCCUCUGCUGUCAGAGGAACUCCUUAUCUGCGAGCAGGCCCAGGGGCAAACCUCUGGCGAUCAGGGACAGAGUGCUCUGUCAGUCAGGAAGGAGAGCGCAGAGCUGUCACAGGGACGUGAAGAAGAAACCUGCGGACAGAAGUCAGGUGAGGAGGCAGAGCAGGUGAACAAGCCGAGGAGGAAGGUGGUGAACAGGCUGUCGAGGUCCAGACACAAACCAACAGGUAACUAACAACCUGGACACGAGGAAACAUGAAAUAGAAUAAACAACAACAUGGCGGCUGAUGUUUCUAUAAACACGACUGUAAAAUGUAAGA